GGUGUUGGCGAAGGAACCCACCCACUUGAUCACGGACCUUCCUAUACUGGUGUGAACACUCUUUCUCAAGAGUGUCAUACACCCACAAACCUCAUGCUCUACAGUUCUGAGUUCGGUGCUGAUAAAUUGCAUGAAAUAAGUGCAAAGGCCCCAUUUGAAAAUUUGGACUGGGCUGAGGUCGAUGAAGAUGGUGGGUCGGCUACAAUAGAUGUCCUGGCGCUUGAAGAGCAAUGCCGCAAAGCAAAUCUUAAAGGAAGAAAAAGAAAGUGCUCUAAGUACCGGUGUAGCCCAUUCACCGAUCCUACAAGAAAAAGGGCCAAAGUACAAAACACGAACCCAAGCCCAACAUUUGUAGACAUACGCGAUGAUGAGUGGCUAGAGUUGAAGAAAUGGGUUGAAGAGGAUGACAACCUAGAACCAACCGUGGUUGUACUUGCUAUAACAAGCUAUAAUAAAGUGAGCCGCAAGUUUGUCCGAGAGCUGAUUGAACCGGAGGAGUGGUUGUCGAGUGAA